AUGGUCAAUCCUAACAAGAAGAGACAGAAUGAGCAUACCAAUGGUGAUCUGAAAAAGAAGAAUAAGAAAAGCAAGAAGUCUAAAGUCACUGUGAAAGAGGAACUCAAUACUGAAAUACAACUGACUGAACGUACUUCUCCUACUAUGGCAGAGAAGCUUGUCGUUGAAGUGCUCCCCAAGGAAUCUGUUACCUCUGCUCCAUCUGGUGAACGCCCACAAGGCACUAACAUGGUACAAAAAGCUGUUUCUAAUCAAUUGGUAAUCCGUGGUGAGAACCUACCUCCUCUCCCACCCGUUUCAAGCUUGCUCUUGCUUACCCCAGGUUUAGAGGCUAACAGGUUUGAUCCUUUUUAUCAAACGGUUAACUCUUACGUCCAAAAUGCGCUUCCUUCUCUCGUGCCUAACGAUAGUCUCCCUAAAGAAAGUAUAAAACGCGAAGGUGUAACUACUCCAGUUAUCAGACAGGCCAUGGAUCUAAACGCUCAACCUCUUAAGCCAGUAAUUCCUUACUACUUCCACCAUGAGCAAUUCGGCAUUGAAGCCUGUAUGCACCAAUUGCAACAGCAGAGAAAGAAAGCCGGUACCCUCAUCAACUAUACCAAUACUGUUCCCGAUGGCACAGGCUGUUACUAUUAUGUUUGA